UCUUUGACACACACACACACACACUCUUCUCCUGGGAGGACGAUGUCUCGCUGGCGUCCAUCACUCCCUCACGUGUCGUCGCUGAGGCUGCUGGGCUCGUCGGCCUCCAGGACGGCGGCGGUCCAGCGGCCUGGCCGUCUCUCGGCGGCCCUGGCCUUCGAGGAGUCCGGGGCCUUCGGGGUGAAGAGCUUGGGGGAGCUGCUCCGCGCUCUGUGCAUCUUCCAGCUCUGUUCCUUCCCUGUGCUCGUCAACAACUGUGGGAAGCUGCUGACAGUGGCGCGCGCCCUCCUGGGGAGGAGGGGCUUCUCCCUGCUGCUGCGGCCCACCGUGUACGCCCAGUUCGUGGCCGGUGAGAACGAGAGCGAGAUCUCUCGGUCCAUGGAGAAGAUGAGCUCGCUGGGACUGAGGCCCAUGCUGGCCGUCCCCAUCGAGGAGGAUCUGGGGGAGAGCGCAGGUGAGAAGAGAUAUGACGACAACAUGGAGGCCAUGUUGGAAUGCGUGCGGAUGUCACAUCGCAACGCCUGGAGCAAAGAGCCCAUGAUGCAGCUGAAGGUCACCGCUCUGCUCAGCCCAGAUCUGUGUGUGAAGGUCACAACCCUCAUCAGCCGACAACCGUAUGACCUGAACCUCCUUGUCAGAGCGAUGGACGGAGAGCCAAUCGAAUUCCCUGGUUUAAAUGAAAGUGAAGUUGCCCAUUUCCUCUGUGGCCUGCAGAGACUCAACAAAAUAGCCGAGGCAAGUGUAAACAAGGUCCGAGUCCUGGUCGAUGCAGAGUACACCUACAUGAAUCCGACCCUCUCUCUUGUCACCAUGGCGAUGAUGAAGAAGUUCAACAAAGACGACGCCUGGAUUUGGAACACAUAUCAGUGUUACCUCAAGGAGUCCGGGUCUCUCCUGGCAGAAGCUCUGCGGCUGUCGAGCGAUGAGGGUUUCUGCCUGGGCGUCAAGCUGGUACGGGGAGCCUACAUGGACAAGGAGAGGAAGCUGGCGGAGAAAGAGGGCCGUCUGGACCCCGUCCACCAGCGCUGGGAGGACACCAACGACAGUUACAACGGCUCGCUGGACCUGAUGCUGGAAGCCAUUCUGCAGAAACCCGAGCGACGCAGGAUGAUCGUCGCCACUCACAACGAGGAGUCGAAUGGAGGAGUUGGGGAUGGACCACGACGGCGGCUCGGUGUGUUUCGGCCAGCUUCUGGGGAUGUGCGACCACGUCUCCCUCACGCUGGCAAAGGAGGGUUAUGCGGUCUACAAGUCAGUGCCGUACGGCUCGGUGGACGACACGCUGCCCUACUUGGUGCGUCGGGCUCAGGAGAAUCGCAUCGUAUUGCAGGGAAUCCGCAAAGAGAGGAACCUGCUGAGGAAAGAGCUCUACAGAAGACUGACCCCGAGGAGAGGCGGCCAAUAGGACGCCUGGGAAGAGGGAAACGCCUCAAGAUAUAAAGACAGACUGUGAAGUCCAUCUACACUCAGAGGGAAGGGGAGAGGAGACCCCAUGCUGAUAUAUUGUGUGUCUUGAGUUUUGUCUGUUUGCAACACUCGGUUAUAAAAAGUCACGCCUGCUUCGACAAGUGGGAACAGAAUCUCGGCCAUGUUGUUGUUUUCACGUCUGGCCAUCGAGAAUUCCUCAUUGACAAAUCUGUUCCGUAAUUAAAACUAGACUUUACAAUAUAAAGUAUACAUUCUAUGAAAAUAUGGAGGGACUCGUGUUUUUAGUUGAAUUUCAUUUCUGGUAAAUAAGAAUCAGAUUGUGAUAACAGAAAACAUAUUCUGACUUUCUAACGCAGCGAAAACAUAUUCUUAGAUAUUGAAGUCAUUUCAAAUCCAUUUUUGGUUUCCAGAUCUUGACAUUUGCAAAUGUGAUAAUCAGACUCCACCCAACGUAAAGAUGGAGCCGUAAUGUUGAAGAUUCAGUCAUGAAGUUUAGAGUGGAACAAUUCAAACUGACGUCAUCUCUUCUUCGUUUCCUUGUUUAUGAUCUUUGAAUUGAAUUCAUAUUAAAAACAAAAACACGCCGUUUAA